AUGGCCGAGCACGAGCACAAUUGGAACACCAAUCACCAACACACCACACAACCAGACUCGCAAGACGAGAACCAGAAUGCGGAUAGCCAUCCACCCAUGGGUCAGCAUGGCAACCACCCAGUGACCCCACAAAAUCCAGCUUUCCAGCCUCCCCACUACGGAGUACCGACUUACCAGACCCGUGCUGCAGCAGCUUCCUGUCUUGUACCACACGUCCACCAUUCUCUCUCUCCAAUAGCCCAAUCUACAAGCUCAACACAGGAGGACCCGAUGAUUCCAACAUUCCAGCGGAUGGGAUUACACGAAAGCCUACAACAGACCACUGGACAGAAUCUCGUGUUCACACGUAUCCCACCUGCAGGCCCACGCUAUCCCAAUGUCGGCCCUGGGGACAAAGACUGUGAUGCUGCUGCUAGAUGGCUGAGGGGCUUUGAAGCUUCCCUCUACCAUGCAGAACAAAUGGGACAACCAAGAUUUAUCCGAAUUUACAAUGUCCAACGGAACUGGCUUUACCGGUAUCCCGCCGUUUGGGACGCAUACCUCCAUGCCAAAAUCGAGGCCCGAGUAAAGCGGAUGCGGCAUCUACCUCCUACUGCAAUCACCCCAGCUCCGCCUAAUACAGAACCUUUGCCUAUGCCCGUAGAAGGAUGGGAAUACAUUGGAUGGACGGAAGCAUUGACGCCUCGCGAGGACUCUCCAUCCGUUUAG